AUGAAGGAAAAGAUACUCUGGGGAGCCCUGAGCAUUCUACGCGUCAUGUGGUGCCUCGCUCCGCAAACAGGUUACCUGCAUCCUGAUGAAUUCUUUCAGUCUCCAGAAGUAAUAGCAGGUGACAUAUUAGACCUGGAAACAAAUCGCCCUUGGGAAUUCCUAGCUGCCUCUCCCUGUAGGACAGUGCUCAUACCUCUUCUUACAUCUGGCACAGCCUUCUGGAUUAUUGACAUUUUACCUAGAUUCUGGUCUGAAAUAGCAUUGAAUUACAGCUACGUCCUCUUGGUACUUCCACGUCUAAUCAUGACAAGCCUCUCCUUUGUAUUGGACUAUACAGUGCAUCAGGUAGCGACAGCUUGGGGCUCUAACCCAUGGAAAGCAAUGGUUCUCCUGGCAAUGUCUCCAGUGACUCUGGUGUUCUACACCAGGACAAUCAGCAAUGCUGUAGAAGGUGUGCUGUUUGCGCUUAUCCUGCUACUUAUAUCACCUGGUAACCCAGUCUCGAGUUCUUGUCAACCAAACGCUCAUCAUUUUAUUGGCUUAAUCUUAACAGUUGGUUUUUUUAACAGACCCACUUUUCCCUGUUUUGCUUUUGUGCCAUUAAUAUACUGGGCUGCUCAACGUGGCACCCACAAGUCGUAUUUCUCCCGUACAUCCAUGAUUCUUACUGCAAUGAAGACCGUGCCUAGUGCAGUCUUCUUCUCUACCAUAUGUGUAAUGGCUGAUACCAUAUACUAUAGAGGACACUGGCCACUUUCUAUGAAUAGCAAAGAGGGCUUCAUUGAGCAGCUAAAGAACUUCAUCCUAACACCUGUUAAUUUUCUGUAUUAUAACAUGAACCCUGAAAAUCUUGCCCAGCAUGGGGUUCACCCUAGAAUAACUCACAUGGCAGUUAAUGGUUUCCUGUUGUUUGGUUUGUUUCAUCUGUCCGCUUUGUGCUCUGGUAUUAAUAUGUUAAAAAACAUGAUAUGGGGUGGUCACUCCAAGAAACCUUCUACCCAACAAACCAGGCUGCUAUUAAUGCUUUACUUUGUACCGCUCAUCUUCCUGUCGUUGUUUAACCACCAGGAACCUCGCUUUCUCAUCCCGCUGAUAGUACCAUUGGUUUUAUUAGUUUCCAAUUACACUAGAACAAUGAAAACAAAAUGUCUUCUGGUCUUGUUCAGCGUCACUGGGUCCCUUUUCUUUGGCUGUCUCCAUCAAGCUGGAUUAAUUCCCAGCUUGUUCCAUAUCCAGCAAAUUGUGCGGUCUAAAUCCGCCUGUGGCAAUAUAUCAUGCCAUCACACUGUCCUCUUCACACACACAUACAUGCCUCCCCUGUACCUGCUGAACCUCAAGAAAGGGCAAACAUCGGUGGAGAUUAUUGAUCUUGCUGGCUGUACCGAACAUCUCAUGUGCCAAAAACUUAGAGGCUUGCAAGAAGAACUUUCUCUGAGAAACAAAGAAGUGUUGGGGAAGACAAUGCAUCAUCUGAUAGCUGUAUUCCCUGGCACGAUUGCAUCAGUUGUUGAAAGCUGCAAGUUAGCCCAUAAGGCUGAAGUCUUCUUCACACCACAUCUGUCUAUGGAGGACCCUCCUAAAAUGUUCCAUUUGCUCACCGGAAACUUAAUGAGUCACUUAUCAUUGCAUGUAAUUGAGGUUGAUGUAAGCACAACCAUGGGAUAG